CCCCGUUUCUUUACAGAAUCAAACUGCUGCCUCCAUCCGCCGCGCCCGCGCGUGCUAGGUUUCGCAGUUAGCCUAGGGUUUCCGGCGAGAGGAGAGGAGAGGAGAGGAGAGGCACGCGCCCGCCGAGGAGGGAUGUCGCUGCGGCCGAGCGAGCAGGUGGAGAACCGCCGGAGCGACUUCAAGGUCUCGGUGAACGCGGCCGAGGGGCGGCGGCGGCGCGUCAGCGGCUUGGCGAGGGUCCGCAAGGAGAGCCGCGACAGUGCCCUCCAGAAGAGGCGAUGCGCCGGUGUCGCCGCUGGAUCGGGCGCGAAGGCGGUGCCGCACCCGCCGGCCCUCGAGAAGAAGUUGCAAAUGCUGCCGGAGAUGAUGCAGGGGUUGUACUCGGAUGACAGCAGCAUGCAGUUGGAGGCCAUCAGGGAAUUCAGGAAGCUGCUCUCUAUCGAUAAACCCCCCAUCCAGGAGGUGACUAACUCUGGAGUGGUGCCUUCCUUUGUACAGUUGCUUUCUAGGGAGGACUACCCUGAGCUACAGUUUGAGGCAGCGUGGGCUCUCACUAACAUUGUUUCGGGAACAUCAGAGAACACCAAGGUGGUUAUUGACCAAGGUGCCGUGCCCACCUUUGUCAAGCUCCUCAGCUCACCAAAUGAGGAUGUCCGUGAACAGGCUGUGUGGGCCCUGGGAAACGUGGCUGGUGAUUCUACAAUGUGUCGUGAUAUGGUGCUUGCGCAUGGUGCGCUCUUCCCACUACUUCAUCUGCUCAGUGGGCAACCCAGGCUCUCCCUACUGAGGAAUACUACCUGGGCCCUCAGCAACUUAUGCCGUGGCAGCCCGGAGCCCGACUUCGAGCAUGUGAAGCCGGCACUCCUAGUUUUGCAACAACUCAUUCAUUCUAAAGACGAGUUGGUCCUAAGUGAUGCCUGCUGGGCACUCUCUUACUUGUCUGAUGGUAAAGAUGACAAUGCCAGGAUCCAAGCUGUGAUUGAAACCGGAGCAUGCCCUCGGCUUGUUGAGCUCCUUACGUACGUUUAUCUUUUCGUUUUCUAUUUUUACUUUAGUUUGAGAAAUAUAAAGACAAAGACUGAUGCACAAGCUACUAAAUAUCGAUUUAGCCACCCUUCAUCUUCGAUUCUCGUUCCUUCUCUGCGUGUGGUUGGUAACAUUGUCACAGGGGAUGAUGCACAGACUCAGUGUAUAAUUGAUCAUCAAGCACUUCCCUGUCUUUUGAAUCUUCUGGUAACAUAUCAAAAGAAAAUCGUCAAAAAAGAAGCUUGCUGGACAAUCUCCAACAUCACAGCUGGAAACAAGGAGCAGAUUCAGGCUGUGAUCAACGCGAAGAUAAUUGGUCCUUUGGUGAAUCUUAUGCAAACUGCUGAGUUUGAUGUCAGCAAGGAGGCUGCUUGGGCAAUAUAUAAUGCCACAGAUGGUGGGACACAUGAUCAGAUCAAGUAUCUUGUAAGCCAGGGUUGCAUCAGGGCGUUUUGUGAUUUACUUAGUUAUUCUGAUGCUAGAAUACUGAUGGUUUGCUUGGAGGGCCUUGAGAAUAUCUUGAUGGUGGGGGAGGCCGACCAGUUCUCGGGGGCUUGUGAUUUCAACAGGUAUGCACAGAUGAUUGAUGAUGCUGGGGGCUUGGACAAGAUUGAGGAUCUCCAGAACCAUGAAAACAACAAGGUAUAUGAGAUGGCGGGUAACUUGCUCGAGACGUACUGGUUAGAGGAAGAUGAUGCCAUGCCCUCAGGGGGAGAUGCCCACCAGACCAACGUCCACAAUGGUAAUCAGCAGGUCUGUGUUCCACCCGGGGGCUUCAAGUUUGGCUGAAGAUGGUCAGAUGCUCAUUUGGAAAGUGAAUGAGGGCACUAGCUAUUUGGAUUGGAGCAUUUUCACGUCGGGAGAGUCAUGUUACUCAAGUCAGAGUUGGGUCCUGUCAGCCUCACCUCAGGCAGUCGUCACGGUUGGUCCCAGUAAAAGCAGGGUCGUCGGAGUUCCGGUCAAUGGGCUGCACUGCUAUUGUGUGCCUUUGCCUUGGUGUCUAUGGCCUGUGGUUGAUUCAUGUGGAUUGUGGCUCCACAUGAGGAAGUGGAGGCUGGAAGUGGGUCGGGCGUCCAGAGGCAAUGCGUGAUCUUGUCGCUUGCCUUGUCGUACUUAAACUCUUGUUUUCACCUCUAGCCAGUAGCAUCAGCUUUUGUGAUCUCUAUUUGAGGUGAAAGAAAAGGUCGGUUUUCCUCAUCGCAUCUCUAUGCCGUAAAACGGAUGGGGCUGACUGAGAGCCGGCUGGGCUUGUUCAGAUAGCGGUUUCGCUAGGCUCGUUAAGCUAACGAGUAGAAAAUCAAGCUGGGCUUGGUUUGUAAAUUUUGCAAGCCGAGCUCAGGUUGUUUAUGAGGUCUCAAUCCUUUUAUUUAGCUCAUAGCGAGAUGAGCUCAAUCAACUUGUGAGCCUUAAAUUUUUAUCUUAACUGUAUGAAAGAUGAGUUGGUUUUUAUGUC